AGAUGUAGCCGUAAAAAGGCUCUCUAGUGAUUCUGGACAAGGAGAUACAGAAUUUAAGAACAAAGUUCUCUUAGUAGCCAAGCUGCAACACCGCAAUUGGUCAGACUCCUUGGCUUUUGCUUGGAAGGAAAGGAAAGACUUCUCAUCUAUGAAUUUGUGCCAAAUUCUAGCCUUGAUCAAUUCAUAUUUGUGGAUACAUGGCUCCAGAAUAUGCAGUGCGUGGACAGUUUUCAGUAAAAUCAGAUGUUUUCAGUUUUGGUGUAUUAUUACUGGAAAUUGUCAGUGGUCGGAGAAAUAGUUGGUUUCAAAAUGAGGAUGUAGAGGAUCUACUAAGCUGUGCAUGGGGAAAUUGGAACGAAGGGACAGCUUUCAAUUUCAUCGAUCCAACUUUAAGGAAUGAUUCGAGGACGAAUCAAAUGAUGACUUGCAUCCACAUUGGAUUGUUGUGCGUUCAAGAAAAUGUUGCAUACAGACCAACCAUGGCUUUGACCAUAAGAAUAUUUUCACUGUCAACUCUUCCCAAAAUAACCGUAUCAUCUGCGAAUUGCAACAAGGAGACCGUCAGCCCCCUUUUGCCAAUCUCUAUUCCCUGUAGCAGUCCUUCAGACUCUGCCUUUUUAACCAAUCCAUUUAGCCCCUCCAUAAUCAUCAGAAAUAGGAAUGGGGACAAAGGAUCCCCUUGCCUCAACCCUCUUUCCAAAUCAAACUCCUCCGUUGGGCUGCCAUUCACCAAUAUCGAACACCGUGCUGUUGAGAGGCAUUCCUUAAUCCACCCCCUCCAUUUGGCUCCAAAACCAAAUCUAUCCAUCAUCCAAUCCAGAUAUGUCCAGUUAACACAAUCGUAGGCUUUUUGAAAAUUUGCCUUAAAAACAAAAGCUGGUGUCUUCCUAUUCUGAACCUCGUCCACAACUUCAUUCAAAACCAAGACACUAUCAACUAAUUGUCUUGCCCCAAUGAAAGCAGAUUGUGUUU